AGAAAUUCAGUGUUUACGUCAAAAUUGUUGUCAAAAGUGACAGAAACAUUGCCUGUAUUAUCCGGUGUCACUAUUUCGUGUGAACUAUUCUGUUAUAUUUCUGGGUUUAGCUGUAUCAAGCCUUCAAUCAACAUGUUUAAGAAGUUCGACGAAAAGGAGAGCAUAAGCGGCACGCAGCAGCUCAAGUCAUCGGUGCAGAAGGGCAUCAGGGCGCGCCUGCUGGAGCUGUACCCGCACCUCGAGCAGUACAUCGACCUCGUGCUGCCCAAGAAGGACACCUUCAGGAUUGUCAAAUGCCACGACCACAUCGAGAUAAUGGUGAACAGCGCAGGAGAGCUGCUUUUCUUUAGACACCGCGAGGGACCCUGGAUGCCGACAUUAAGACUGCUACAUAAGUACCCAUUCUUCCUACCAAUGCAGCAGGUGGACAAAGGCGCCAUUCGCUUCGUUCUCAGCGGCGCGAACAUCAUGUGUCCCGGCCUUACCUCGCCCGGUGCGCGAAUGUCGUCAGUCGACAAAGGGCAAGUGGUCGCCGUGAUGGCUGAGGGGAAACAGCACGCGCUGGCUAUCGGGAUGACCUCUCUGUCUACUGAUGACAUAGCUAAAGUGAACAAGGGCGUGGGCAUAGAGAACUGCCACUAUCUCAACGACGGCCUCUGGCAAAUGAAACCUGUGAAGUAAAUCGUGCGCAGUAAAUCAUCUUGUACUAAUAUUUAUGUUUUAAGUUUUUUAAUAAAUACUUCUUAGCUUACA